AAAUUUAGUGUUAAAUGUGGGCUCGCCCGAACCGUACCUGUACUGAAAAUUGUUAACAAAUUUUAAUUGUGUAGUUUUACAAAUUGAGAAUUAACGUGAUAUUUCCAAGGAUUAGUGUUCUGAAUGUUACGGAUUACUUUUUGCGGCCGCUUCCGUUAGUUUUCAUUCAAAAAUGGGAGACGUGUGAAUCGAGACCGACUUUCGAUUAUUUUUGUUGUGUUCGUUAACGAGUGAAAAUGAAAAAUAAAAAUAAAAUCAGAAUGGACAAUAAAUUGGCGGCGGAACAGCUAAUAAUUUCGGAACAGAGCAACCAAGGCCUGACCGGUAAACCGCCGCUCGAUAAGAAAAUCGCCGAUAAAGACAGGAAGGGCGAUAAGAAGAUAAAGAAGGGAAAGACUCUGUGCCAGACGUGCAGUAAAAAAUGUUCGGGGGAGGUGCUGCGCGUACAAGACAAAUACUUCCACACUCACUGCUUCAAGUGCAAGAAGUGCAGCAAGUCUUUGGCCCAAGGCGGCUUCUUCCAGAAGGACGGUACUUAUUUUUGCACAAAUUGCUAUCAAAACACAUUCGGCACGAAAUGCGCCACUUGCCAGGAGUACGUGGAGGGGGAGGUUGUGACGGCGUUAGGAAAAACCUAUCAUCAAAAAUGUUUCAAGUGUGCUCGAUGUUGUCAGCCGUUUCCAUCUGGAGAAAAGGUCACGUAUACUGGAAAGGAAGUUUUAUGUCAAAAGUGUGUUAAAAUUCCUAUUCGAACUAGCUCCUCACCUCAAGCUAGUCCCACUUCAAACCACCCCAAUGAAUGUGCUGGCUGCCAUGAAGAACUAAAAGAAGGUCAAGCACUGGUUGCUUUAGAUCGUCAGUGGCACAUAUGGUGUUUCAAAUGUGGUAAAUGCGGGGUAGUUCUUCAUGGCGAGUAUAUGGGACGCGAUGGUGUGCCGUAUUGCGAACGCGACUAUCAGCAUCAAUUUGGCGUAAAAUGCGCCUAUUGUAGCCGAUUUAUCAGUGGGAAAGUUCUACAGGCUGGUGACAAUCAUCAUUUUCAUCCGACUUGCGCGCGAUGCACCAAGUGUGGUGACCCCUUCGGGGAUGGAGAAGAAAUGUAUUUGCAAGGUGGCGCAAUUUGGCACCCGCGAUGUGGUCCGGGUCCAACUGAGAAUGGUCAAGUAUUAAACGGUUCGGCUGAGGCAAAUGGGCAUUUGACCGAUUGCGAAUCCCGAGGCGGGGAUAUGUCUGGACGAGAAUUUGAUAGGAUGAGUAGUUCGGGCGUUAGUGAAAUGCAGUUUUCCAUGCGUUCUCGUACCCCUAGCUUAAAUGGUUCACUGUACAGCCCGACUAGCAUGUCUAGAAAGCAUUUUAGUUACCAUCGAACCCCAUCUCCGGGUUUAAUACUGAGGGAGUACAAAUCUGGAACAUAUGCAGACGACAUAUCUAGAAUUUACACUUAUAGUUACCUAACUGAAGAACCCGCGCAAGGAUAUCUUCGCAGGCCAAUAGAUCCAUAUGACAAAGCGCCAAUUUCGCCACAUUUUCAUCGACCUAGCUCACAAAACUCUUUGAGGAGUAGUAAGGGGACUUACAAACAAGGUGCUAAACCCGGAAUGAAAGUUCUAGUAGACUCCAUUCGAAGUGAAACGCCUAGAUCAAAAUCGCCUCAUAUGAAUAACGAAGAACCGAUCGAGCUUGCACAUUACCCCGCUGCUAAACCUCCCAAUCCGAACGAAAUGCCCAAGAUAGAAAGAGACGACUUCCCCGCGCCACCUUAUCCGUAUACUGAUCCUGAACGGAGAAAACGAUGGUCUGACAGCUACAAGGGUGUUCCGGAUUCAGAUGAAGAAGACGAAGUUGACCAUUCCAAUCAUGUUCAAUUAAAAGACGAGCAGCUUAAAAAAGAAGAGCACGAGUUGAGUAAGAUAGCUACGGGUAUUGGUAAAGUGUUUCUGAAAAAUGUGCACGAAAGAGAGAAGCUUAAGCAGUGGAAGGCUGCACAUUUAGAUCCUAGAAAUGCGUCCAGAACUCCAUCGGCUAGUAAGGAACCGCAAUACAAGCUGAGAUAUGAUUCGCCCGUCGGUGCUAGCCCGUCACGAAACACAGAUCAUCCGAAACCGUUUGACGAAGAAGACUUCGAUAGGUCACUAAGUUGUAGAUCAUCGGUCGGCCGCUCUGUAGGACAAAUUCCGAAUUAUAACGUUGUAAGUGCGCUACGUCACGUUCCUAAACCGGGCUAUGGUUUGGCCCCUCGAUCUCAUACCUUCAGUUCUUCCGCCGGUAGCUAUCCUCAAAUUCCUGGUGAUUACUCGUUUAGCGGAAUUGGAAUUAAAACUCACAGUACAGAUUUUAGCAGUGGAAAAUCUGACAUUUCCACCGGAUCGAUCACGGAUGUCGAAAGGCGUGCAUUGAACACCGAAAUGCCAGUGUCAUCGACGUACACAGGGGGACUAGGAGCGUUCCGGGGAGGGUACGCAUCACAAGUGCGACGAUCUCUACCAAACAUGGCCCAUACCAUGUUGAUCAACGAGCCGGCCAAAAUUUAUCCCUAUCAUCUACUCAUGAUAACUAACUAUCGCUUGCCAGCCGAUGUUGAUAGAUGCAAUUUAGAGAGGCAUCUAUCCGACAAAGAAUUUGAAGACAUAUUCCAAUGCACAAGAAACGAUUUCUAUAGGAUACCGCAGUGGCGUAGGAAUGAAAUAAAGCGCAGAGCUCGCCUAUUUUAAAUAUGCCUAUUAUUGCAAAUAUUAGAUACGCUUUAGUUUUAUUUUGAUAAUAAGACAGCUAUUUUAAUAGAAAAUGCUUACACAUUUUCAAAAGAUUCGAAAUUUUACUGUGAGUUCGUUAAUAGUUCCUGUUGUAAAUAAUGAUUUUAAUUAAAUUUUGUAACCAUUUACUUUCAUUGUUGUUUCUACUAUAGGAUAGAUUUUUUGCCAUAACUGUUUAUUUCUAUGUGUGACCUAAAGACUUACAGUAUAAUUUUGCAUUUCUUAACUAAUGCAUUACAUAGAAUAUGUAAUUUAGCUUAUAAGCACCAUGUGAAUUUUAAUGUAGAGGCACAUCUCGAGGGGGUGCUUCUGUGGUAAAGUGAUAUUGUUACAUUUAAAAUGAGAGGAUUUGCCUUCUUUUGCAGAUUUCUCAGUGACAGAAAUUUUUUAUUAAAUGAAAUGACCAAUCACUAUUUGUGUUGUACUGAUAACGUUGUCUUAAGUUGUGCAGGAAUACAAAGGAAGGCGACUUUUCUCUAUACUGUAGCGUAAUAGUUGCAAGUUCUAAUCAAAAGUUUAACAAUAAUAGAAAAGCUAUAUAAAUUACAAAACUUUGCACCUAUUUAUUGCUAAAAUCUAAAUUGGGAUUAGCUUUUUAUAAAAACAAAACUUUUUUUGUGGUGUAGAUUUGCUUUGUUUGUAUUUUUGCUUAAGCUAGUCGAAGUAGUUUUCGUACCUACAACUGUUAAUGUAUUUCAAUAUUUUUUAAUUAUGUGGUUUAUAUUUUAUUAUUAGAAGUAAAAGAUUUCAUGUUAUUAGUUUCUAUAAAAGUAUAUUAAAUUUAUAAUGUCUUAGUUCUGCCGAAGAAAACUUCAAGCUACCAUGAAUAUAUAAAAGAGUAGGUCUAUAGGCAUAAUAAUACCAAAUCAAAAUACUAUUGUACAUUCGUUAAAAGAAGAAUAUUUAUUUAUUUUAAUGUUUAAGUUGAAAGCAAAUUGUGUAGCUAUAAAACUUUGUGAAACGAGCACAGCUGAAUAAAAACUACUGCUAUAUUUCUUCCA